AUGGAAGAUCCGGGCGACAGCAUGAACGGCCUCCAUCUAGUUCAUAUGCCUCACGAGGUCUGCGCCGGAGUCGUGUGGAGCUUGGAAAUGUCGGAUGUGGGACGCUUUGCACCGACCUGCAAGCUUUUUUCACAAGAGGCCAUGGAUGCAGAGCUUUGGUUUCACCUCUUCAUGCGGACAUGCUGGCCACCAUCAGGCGCCCUCUUAGCCUUCGCAGAGGGCACCACCACGCCCGUGGGCAUCGACUGGCGAGCCCGUCUCCAAGCGCGCUCUGCCGCGUGCCCAACUAUUGUGGUGGACGUGGGCCGAGGGUACACCAAGUACACGGUAGCUGAUGGGAUCCAAGGGCGCUGGGAGUUGGAUGGUUGCUCUCCACAGCUUGUGCAGCUCUGUUCUUCGCCUACACAUCCUCCAGACUGUGAGAGGAAUGAUCAGCUCCGAUACAUCCAGUACAUGCUGAACCGAGAGUUUCUGCAAGCGGCCCUAAACCCCUCUCACAGACUCCACAAGGCGGCAAUGGCUCCGCAGAACAGCCUGAAGCAAGGCGGCUACGCAGUGUAUCGGGAUGAGCAUGACAAUGCCAAGCCCGUCAAGGUCCGAGAGGGCGAUGAGGCAGCUGGCCAGUGGUCAGUGGAGGUGCUCCAAAGCUCUGAGCGGGGAAUCCUCUCCGUGCAGUCGGAGUCUUUGGAGCCAAUCCGAAUGGCCCAGGACCUGCCCAUCCUCAUCGGGGAGCCCUUUGUGAUCACUGCCGCCGGGAGUGGCGAGAAAGCCGCCUGGGAGCAGAAUAUCCGAAGCCAGCUGGGCAACGACCGACCGGGUGCCGUCCAAGUGGUCUCUCAGGCCCAAAUGGCUCUUGCCCUAGCAUUGAAGAGCCAAGAAUUGUGCUGGUCACAGUUCAGCGGUGGUGGGCAUGUUGGCACAAACAUUCUCAUGCUCAGCACUUUUGACUCAUCAGAGGCAAGAGUAGGCAUCAUGGUGGCUGGAGUUGAACUUCAACAAAAGCUGCUGCACCGGAUGCGGAUGCUACCAGGAGAGGCUGCACAGGCCGAGACACUCACACCAGAUGUUGACAAGAAGCCGAGCCCUUCAAAAUCCUCGUCAGACGAGGAUCGCUUGGAGGAUAUGGCCUCCGAGGCUAGCAGGCUUCGACAGCAGAUCUUGAAUGCUAAGAAGGAGAAAGACCUUGCCAACAGAAGGAGACAAAAGAUUGAAAACGAUUCAGUCCGCCAUCACACGAACACCGCUAAGCAAAUCGCAAACUAUCACUGUCGGUUGCAAGCUAUGCGAAAUACUAUUACAGCUGACAAAGAAGAGGCCAAUAUUCUGCGACAGAAUCGUUGCAAUAGCGAGCGCAAGAAGCAGUGCCACCAAGCUCAAGCCAGGAAGCUGAAAGAAGAAGCUGAAUCGUGCAAGGCGCAUAAAGCAAAGCUCGUUGUCGAAGUGCAGGUGGAGUCGGACAAGCUGGCUGCCCUGUGGGCAGAAGUGAAAAGCUACGAGCAGGCCUUAAAGGAAGUGUUGGAGCGCAAGGUCUUGGCGGAGGCGGAGGUCACAGCAACCAGGAUGUCGCAAGUGACACAGCAAGAGGAGGACGACACGAGGAAUUUCGCAAUGCACAGUGGGAGCGAAGACGAGCAGGAGGAUGAAAACGAGGAGGAAGAAGCCAGAGUCUUGAACGAAUUAGAGCUCGCCUACGAGGGCUUAGAGUUGUCCUCGAUCAUGCCCAUCCCUGCAGCAGUGCGGCUGGCCACAGGCCACAUUUCACACCAAGAGACGAUGUCGAAAGUAGACAUCCCCGAAACCGGCUUCCUGGAGAGAGAAGGCAUCGAGUUUAGCCGAUGGACGCGGCCGUCGCCCAGUGGAAACAAGGAUUGGACAGAAGAGGAGCUGGAA